UAUCCCAGGUCGUUCCCUACAGAUCAUCAGGCUGCCAUGCAUCCUUCUCCGGAUCGUCUUCAUCUGCGGCCAUGGCUGCUGGUGUCUUCGCAUUGCUGCUUAGUGCCAAUGACCGACUGUCAGUACGAGAUGUCCAACAUCUGGUCACCAGAACCUCCAGGAACUCUGGGAUCUGUGGGCAGACCUGGAAGGAAAACUCGGCUGGAUUCAGAGUGAGUGACUACUGUGGAUUUGGUCUUCUCGACGCUGGAGAACUGACAGCGGUGGCUACUAACUGGAGCUGUGUACCAGAACAAGUCAGCUGCAUUGUACGGAGUGAUGGUACAAGAACAAGCAUUCCACAGAGAGGCGAAGUCCACACAAGCAUCACUGUCCAGGACAGCUGUGUGGUCAACUACUUGGAGCACGUCUUCCUGACCGUCAGAAUCACCUUCCCCCACCGCGGCCACCUGCGGAUCAGACUGACCUCCCCGGGAGGUACCAUCUCCGACAUCGUUCCUGGAAGAGCCACGGACAUGGAACCAGACCUGGAGUGGACGUUCAUGACACUGCACCACUGGGGGGAGAGUGCUGUAGGACCCUGGCGACUCUCCGUACAGAACACACAUCCUCAUCUCAGUAGUACAGGAGACCUAGAGACCUGGUCUCUUCGUUUGUUAGGAACUGAGACAGACCCUUCAAGGUCUGGCACUGGGAUAUGCAACACUCAAAGCUUGGAUUCAGAUAACAUCGAAUGCACAACGAACCCCUGUCAGAAUGGAGGAAUCUGUACAGAGUCGAUCCCAACAGGCUACAAAUGCCAUUGCAGGAGUGGCUACACCGGAGACAACUGUGCAAUAGGUUGCCAUAUUCAAUACCCGAACUUCCCAGCGGACAACUUUGCUAUCUACGACAACCGUUGCCAUUGGCUAUCAACGGACACGAAAGGAAUCAGAUACCCGGCGGCCAAAGAAUUCUGCGAGUCUCGUGCAGGAAGGUUGAUAACGGUUAAGACAUCUGCCAAGCAAAACUGGCUCACGGACUUCAUCAACAAGAACGGAGAUUCGAAGGUUCAAUUAUAUUGGAUUGGCCUGGAUGAUCGUCAAAGGGAGAAUCAUUUUAUGUGGAGUGAUGGCACAACUUUCAACGGCAACCAACAGCCACGGAAUAAUAGAAAUAGGAGGGAUUGUGUUCACGUGAAUGUAGAUGGUAGUUUCGAUUGGGCCGUGGUUCCCUGCAAAAGGUUUAGAAAUUUUGUCUGUGAAAUGGUAACUGAGGUACAGACAAGAGAAUGAAGCAAAUUGGGCAAAAGGGUAAAUGGUCCGAUACCGAAUGGAUUGUGGUCCGUUGUUGUGUAGAAUGCAGAAUUAUUACCAGUCAUGUCA